GACAAAAAGAAGAUAAAACCACGAACGAUCCCAGCGACAAUCAUUCUUUGAAUUUGUCAAUAAAAAAGCGCCCGCAAUCAUGGUUGUAAGCUCUCUGCAUCUUACCGAGGCCGAAAAGAGCUUCUUUCACGAGCACGGAUUCGUGGUGUUGGAUCGAGCGCCGCUGUUACCGGAGAAAGCUCAGAUCGAAGCUUUGCAGACCGCCAUGGCCGCGUGUUUUCGGGGCGACUUUGACACUGGGCUCUACCCCGACGAGUGGCACUGGCGGGAGGGCAUUUCGCGGCCCGACGCCACCCGGGAAAUUUGCAACGCGUGGAAGUCCAACGACACGGUCCGGGACGUGGUUCUGGCGGAAGAGGUGGGCGCGCUCGGUGGGCAGCUGUACGCGCAUUGGAACACCGCCCGAGUGGGCCAGGAUGACUUGGUGUGGAAGCCGCCCCGGUGCGGCGCUGCUGCGGUAUAUGAAUUGCAAAAAUGUCUGGGCGUGGAAGAUUCCAACUUGUCAUGGUAAAUCUGAAACAUGCGAAAAUCUGUGUUGCAUGAGUGCCAAAAGCUGCACACUUUUGACCAAGUUGGAUAGGCAUGGCAGAAACCCAAACCUCGCAGAGUCUGUCAUGCUAAGUCCCGCAUUCCAGACCUCAUGGGUCAUGGAAAAUCUGCAUGACAAGUCUACACUUUUCCAGACCCAGACAUUUUUACAUUUGAUACGGUACUAUGAAAGGCAUGUUUAGAAGUUAGUACAACAGCGCUAGAGCUAGAGGUAGAAGUAAAAAUUUUACGACCUGCUGCUCUUUGUGGUUGUAGUGUGGUGUUGUUUUCCAAGAUGAAAUCAGGCAUGAUGUGCUGAACGCGUCUUUCUCCUGCGUGCUUGUGUUAUGUACGAGAACGUGGGCUCUAUGCAUGCUUAAAGUCGCUGGCAAAGCAAACGAUCGCCAGCCUGAGCUUGUUCCUUGCUCAAUCAAGUUGGCAAGAGUAUGCGUCGAUCAAAAUGAUGCAAUGAAAAUAUCGUGCUAAAAAACAUGGAUGGGAGAACGAGGAGAUCAAUACAUCUCAAACGCUGCCGCGUGAGGGCGAACUAGCUUUGCUCACUACAGUUCAAAAGACAACAAAGCUCGUGUCUUUUAUUCGCCGUAGUUCCUGUGAUACGCGUGUUGGCGGCCGAAAGUGAAUCUGCGGCACCGUAUAACUGACGCUGUCCCUACUUAACAGGAUAGAAUUAGAAUUGAACUCGGAGAUACAAAAAUGAUUUUCACAAUUCAAAGAAAACAUCAAGGGCACGAGCAGCCGCAUAGCAGCGCAGAGGCAGAAGUACUUACUAAGCGUUGUUCCAUACUCUGGCUACCAUGUGGAUUCGGACUACAUAUCCACCCAGUUUGUGGAAGACAGCAAAGGGGCGCGGAGCAACAGCAUUACCGUCUGGAUCCCGCUCGAUGACGCGGACGAUAUCACACAGAAAAAAGCUGGCAGGGCAUAUUUGUAAUGCAAAAAUAGAUACGCAAAAAAGAAAAAGUCUGCGCAUUUAUUUUUGCAUUACAGAUAUGCCCUGCCAGCUUUUUUCUCUGGGAUAGACGAGGAGAACGGCGUACUGGAGUUCGUCGCCGGCUUAUCGCAAGAAAGAAGUGUCACAGUUACACAGUGUGUUGCAGGCCAAGCAAGACAGACAAGCUCUGUCAUGCCGGAUAUGCAUAGGAGCCUCGUUUCAUAGGUGUUUUCCCGUAGGAUUUCUGCAUAAUGCAGAGAAAUUUGUGUUGCUGAAUUCACUACAAAUGUGUAACUGUAACACUUUUUUCGUGGAAUACGGCUCGCACAAACCUGCGGUCCGGGAGCGGCUGCGUACGUCCACCGACUUCCACGGAGCGGCGGACCAGCACUUCCGGCUCACGGAGCAGCGGCUGGAGCAGGUGCGGGUGGAGCUCGCCGCGGAUAUAACCCGCUCAGGUGUUACAAUCUCAACCGAUACAAUAGAAUAUGGACAUCUGUGAUGCAAGACUGCAUGAUCUAGCCAAUUCUCAUAGGAUUGCGCGUGACAGGUUCCGGAGCACCAAACCCCACUACAAUCAGGCGAAAUGUGUACUGCAAAAAGUGGAACACUUUGCGAGUCUGUCAUGCUCAUCAUGCAAGACAAAUCUCAGAUUCUAUUGUAACGUUUGAGAUUGUAACGUUUGAGCAGGUCAUAGCGGAGGGCCGGCUCGUCGAGUCGUCCCGCCUUCUGGAGAUUGUCCGUCCCCGCGUGCUAUCAUUUGCAAAUAUGUCUGGGUCUGAAAGAUUGCGAGAUUUGUCAUGCAAAUCGUGGACCAGGACAAUGGUCUGGAAUGCACACAGAAGCAUCACAGAUUUUGCGAGACCUUCUUGAUGCCUACCCUGCGUGAGAAAUCGAGCUAUUUCGUAGCCAAAGUGGGCAACUUUUGGGGUUCAUGCAAGACAAUUUUUUUUGCGGUCGGGACUCUGCAUGACAAGCUGCGCGACCCGUCCAGACCCAGACAUAUUUGCAAUGUAUAGGUGCCGGCGGGUUGCUGCUCGAUCCACCACCAGGACACAUUGCACGGGUCCCGCGGAAAUCAGUCGGACCGGCACCGCCGCGCACUGGUGGUGCACUUGAUCGACGGGGCGGUGCGCUUCGUGGACAAGCCCACCUACAUCUACGGACGGUACAAGCUGCGAGACUCAAACGAGCUGCGCGAGGAAUUCUUUCCCACCACCUGGCGACGCGAGGGUUGAGAAUAUUAAACUGGUGCGCUUUAAUAUGGGGUAGUAGAAGAAGUGCCCGAAGGAGCUCGCUGCACCCGCCGAGCCCAUGA